AUGCCCAGAGAAGCUGAAAUAUCGCUCAAUGAGCGCGAAUUCAUCAAGCAAGCGCUGCAGGAGCAGAUUCGUAUCGACCGACGCGCAUUCGACGCCUUCCGUCCGCUUGAGCUCACCUUUGGCGACGAGUAUGGCGUCGCAGAUGUUCAACUGGGCAAGACGAGGGUCAUCGCGCGCAUUUCGGUAGAUGUGACGACACCACUACCAGAGCGCAAGUUUGACGGUAUCUUCCAAAUAGUCACAGAGUUCUCUCCAAUGGCUUCUCCAGCCUUUGAAGUUGGCCGUCCCACAGAUGCUGAAGUCAUCCUUUCGCGCAUACUCGAGAAAGCCAUCCGUCGCUCCAACGCUCUCGACACCGAAUCGCUAUGUAUCAUUGCUGGCUUGAAGUGCUUCGCUCUCCGCGCAGAUGUACACAUCAUUGACCAUGAUGGCGGGCUCAUCGAUGCAUCUUGCAUAGCCGUCAUGGCCGCACUACAACACUUCCGACGACCCGAUGUCCAAGUAGAGGGCGACCAAGCUACAAUCCUUAGCGUACGCGAACGCGAACCGAUACCCUUGUCCAUCCUCCAUCAGCCGCUCUGCGUGACCUUCUCAUACUUCGAAGGUGAAAUAUUCCUGGUAGAUGCAAACUUGGCCGAAGAACAAGUCAGACAGGGAGAGGUCAUCAUUACCAUGAACAAACAUGGCGAGAUAUGUCAGAUUGCGAAGUAUGGAGGAGCCACGAUCAACCCACUGGCUUUGCUGAACUGCACAAAUGUUGCAAUGCAAAAGGUCAAAGAGAUGGGUGCCUUUAUUCAGAAGAGACUGGAAGAGGAUGCCAAAGCAAGGGAUGCCGGAGGGUUGAUGGCAGAGCUCAGCGCUGAAAAUGCCAGGUGA